AUGGAUGAGAAAAGUAUAGACGAAAGUGCUCUUAUAUCUCCAGUCCCAGACCGACUGGAUCUCUUAAACAAUAGUCUUACCAAUAAACAGUUGCUGUGUAUCGAGUAUGUGUGUGAAUUUGGCCUGGGUAUCAAUAAGGAGCAGGUCACGGAUGCAAAGGAUCAAUGGGGAAAGCUCAUAUUUAAUGUUCUCUACAACGUCCUCUCUCAACAAUUCAAUGAUGCUCCAUCACUUUUGCGUCUUAUCCUGAGUAGACUACGUUACAGUACAAGGGAUGAACAUAUUAAGACCAAUAUAUUAAGAAGACUCCCAAUCAUGAAAAAGUCUGAUAAAGAAGCAAUUUAUAAAAAUUUUGACAGGAUACAGCGACGCAGGAAUCACGUCACCCUGUCAUCUUUUGGAGCUCAUGAAGAAAGCUUGAAUAACGUCUUGAAGUGGUUUAGGGAGUGUGGUCUUAAAUAUCCAAAAGAGAUUGUCAACUAUCAGAAGCGUCAUAAUAUUCAAGUACCUACUCACUGGGAGAUACGUUGCAAAAGAACUUGUUGUUUGUCAUUCUGUCUCAGUAUUGUUGCUAUAGUUACCUUUAUCCCCAUCUUAAUACUCUUGACCCUUCCUAACUACCCACACGUGACAAUCAAUGAUACAUACAGCCAAAAUCAUUCCGUUGGAGUUAGGACGGUUGUCAAAAUUGGUGAAGUCUACAGGUCUAAUGUUGUCAAAAAAUUACAGAUCGAAGCACUCCAGAAUGCCAAUGGCUUUUAUGCUAACGGAACAGUGAUAUACCAAAUACAAGAAAACGGAUUUAACGUGUCAUCCAAAGAAUUGCAGCAUGUGAAUCAUGCUUUUACGUUUACUGACGAGCGUCCCAUAUUCCUGAGAUAUUAUGAUGUAUCCAGUCCACUCUAUAAUGCUAAUGGAACAGGUGUUGUGAACUUUUCCUUUAAUUUGACAAACAGCAACGGAGGUGAUUGUGCAGUAAGAAUGGCUACUUUCAGCUCUCAUGAUGAUUUCAUUAACUAUAUUCAUGCUAGACCGUAUAAACUGCCAAGUGAUAUACCUCAGAAUGCCUACAACUUUACGCCGUGUCUUAAUGAAUCUGGUACUUAUAAUUUCUCCUUAAACAUGAAGAGAGAUGCAUUCUCAUUCUUUGUCAUUUCUCACAUAAUGAAUGUCGAUUUAACCGUCAAUAUUUCAGGAUAUAUUUCAGAGUAUUUGAUACAUGAUCAGGAAAGCUCUUGCAUUCUGAGCCCAUCAUGUCCUCCCAUUAUCAUCAGUGAUCAGGAAUGUACUAACAAUGCUGACGGUGAUGACUCCAUUGAUGAUAGAUGGUACAUAUUUGGUACUUCUAGCAGUAGCUUUCGUGGAGAAGUGAAUCUAACAGUAUAUCCACUUUGCGAUAAAGACUAUAAAAAUCAGUAUUUAGCAGCAGGUAUAGUGCCAGGUGGUGUUUUAUUCUUAUUACUGGUUGUGUGUGGGUUGAGCUGCUUAGUAUGUUCAUGUAUAUCUGUGAGUAGGAAUGCUAAGAAACCAAGACAGACCAGAAAUAGAAGUAAUGAAGAAUCAGGUAGUCUUAAUCAAGCAGUUUGACACUUUUGGGUGGUAUGGUAAACUAUUGAUAGUUCAAGUAUGUUAAUAUGAUUAAUAAAAAACUUGCACAUGAAUGAUUAUACACUGAAUUGCUAAAACUACCUCUAGGUUUAUGUGUAACUUAACAUGUAUUAUUUUUAUUAUUGUUAUUAUUAUUAUGUGUUCUUACUAUUUUUUUACUGUUAUUAUUAUAAUUAUUGUUACUACUACAAUUUGGCUUUGUCUUGGGCCUUUUUUAUGACACUACAAGAAA